AUGGCUAAAAAAUCUAAAAUGGAUCGCGAAAGUGACGAUGUGUUAAAUAUAUUGCAAAGGUUCGGUAAAUAUCAAAUAGUUCAGUAUUUCUACAUUUUAGUUCCGACUGUAUUCAUAUCUAUGGGCAAUGUUAACUACGUUUUUGUCGCUGGAGAUAUUGACUAUCGUUGCGCAGUGCCGGAGUGCGAUGCAGUUGACAAUUCGUUUUCACCAUCAUGGUGGCAAGAUUCAAGCGGAUCAUUGAGUUCGAAGUUAAAUCGUUGUAACAUGCCUAUAUUAAAUGUAACAUAUUUAAAUGAAAACCAUUGCGACAAUAACAGCUUCACAUCAGCAACCACUGAAUGUAAAGAAUGGAUCUAUGGCAGCAACAAGACAAUUGUCGCUUGGCUAGACCUGGCUUGCAGUCCAUGGAAAACAAAUUUGGUCGGCACAAUACACAGCAUAGGAUCAGUUUUCGGAAUGUUGCUUGGAGGUUGGGCUGCAGAUCGUUUUGGGCGAAAGUCUACAUAUAUUGUGACAAGUAUGGGAAUCAUCAUUGGAAACAUAAAAACAUUUAUUCGAUCAUAUUACGGAUAUUUAGCCGCUGAAUUUAUAGAAUCUAUUAUAUCAGGUGCCGCGUUUGCAGCUGGUAUGGUUUUAAUAAUCGAAAUAAGCGGAAACAAUCAAAGAAUACUUUCAGGUGUAUUAUACGCUUAUGCGAUUUAUGUAGGCGAAGCAAUAAUCGCUGGCAUAGCAAUGUAUGUACCUGCUUGGCAUUGGAUUAUUUACGUUGUCUGUACUCCUCCGAUAUUAUUUAUAUUUUAUAUCAUACUGUUAGAGGAGAGUCCACGUUGGCUUGUCUUGAAUAAUAAAUUAAAUAAUGCGAGACGUUUACUGAAAUUGAUUUCGAAAUCUAAUAACAUUAAAAUAAAUCUUAAUGAUUUGGAUGAACUGGACGAAGCGAAACUAAGACAAAUCUGUAAAGUAGAGAAAGAAUCAAAGAAAGAGGGAUAUCGGGAAGCGUUAGCAUCCGUGGAUAUGUUAAAGAGAGUGUCAAUCGUGACCGUGGCAAGAUUUACAGUGACAUUUAUUUACUACGGUCUAGUUGCGAAUUCGGUUUGGUUACCGGGAAAUAAGUAUGUGAAUUACGUUCUUACGGCGUUAAUGUCGUUUCCCGGUGACAUAUUACCAUUGUACUUUAUGAACAAAUUUGGAAGAAGGUGGCCGUUAUUUUAUGGAUAUAUUAUAUGCGGAAUGGCUUGUGUUUCUUCUGUUUUUGUACCAGAAUGUAUGUAUAAAAAUCUCUACUAA